UUCCAGCGAGUAAACAUGAUGAGGUCGAUUUGGGCGUUUGUUCUAUUUGUCAAGUUGAUUGAGGGACUUCCGGCGACGUCAAGCCGGUGCGAGCUGGGCUUUGAGGAGGUUUUGACCGGCAGGCAUUGCGACUAUUUCGCCGUCGGGCCACAAGCGCUGCUGGAUUCGUACUGCAGCUGGGAUAAUCAGCUUUCGCAUGGAAUCACGCAAAAGUUCUGCUGCCUCGGGGUGUGUGCCUUCUGCUUCAGCGAUGUCAACAGGAGUUAUGAGUCGCAAUUUGACGAGUCAGAAGGCACAACAUCAUUUCGUACUACGGAUUAUUACUGGCGUACAACAACAGCAGCACCUUCAUUCGGAUCGUUUAGAGAGAUUGUGUCCGCCAAAUUGGCUGAAAUGAUGGAGCAAAUCGAGGAAACAACUACUUCUGGUGACAUGUUAGCUAAUGGCAUGUCUUCUUCGAAAAUGGCAGUGGGUGGUACUACGACAUCCGAUUAAAAGCUUGAAUACAAUGAAUAAUAUCAACUCUAAA